UGGUAUGGUCGUCACCUUUGGACCUACCGGUCUGACCACUGAAGUAAAGUCUGUUGAGAUGCACCAUGAGGCUCUCCAGGAAGCCCUUCCUGGUGACAAUGUGGGGUUUAAUGUGAAGAAUGUUGCCGUGAAAGAUCUCAAGCGUGGUUUUGUUGCCUCAAACUCCAAGGAUGAUCCUGCCAGGGAAGCUGCCAACUUCACUUCCCAGGUCAUCAUAAUGAACCACCCCGGUCAGAUCGGCAAUGGCUACGCUCCAGUGCUCGACUGCCACACUUCCCACAUUGCUGUAAAAUUUGCCGAAAUCCUGACCAAGAUUGACA